AUGAGCUGUAGUGAUUCCUCGUUAUUUAUUCAAACUAACAGUUUGCGAACUACAAUUCUUGCGGUUUAUGUGGAUGAUAUUAUUAUAACUGGCAGUGAUACCUCUUAUAUCUCCACUCUAAUCACUGAAUUAAGUGCUCAGUUUGCUAUAAAGAACCUCGGGAACUUGAACUAUUUUCUUGGCAUUGAGCAAAAAUAUGCGUUGGAUCUCCUCCAGAGAGCUGCUAUGCUGAAUUUUUCUUCUACUCCAUUUCAUAAUCCAUCUCUGUACAGAAGCAUCGUUGGAGCCCUGCAGUAUAUAACUAUUACAAGACCUGAUUUGGCCUUUGCUGUUAACUCUGUUUGUCAACACAUGCAAUCUCCUACAAAUGACCACUUUACUGCAGUAAAACGUAUCUUGCCUUAUCUCAAAAGGACUGUUACACUUGGUAUUCAGUUCACUAGAGGACCUUUCACUCUUACUGCCUAUUCAGACGCUGAUUGGGCAGGUGAUACUUGUGAUCGUCGGUCGGUUAGUGGUGACCCGGAAAGAUGA